AUGAAAUUCAUUAAAACUGUGAUCAAUUUUCUAUUAUUCUUUUAGACCUGCUAAAUAGAGGCUAGUACAAUGGUUUGUUCUUGUUCCUAAUUAAAAUCAUAAGGAGAUUGUGUUUUAAAUAAAGAUUGUUAAUGGAAUAAGAUUAAUCAUUCAUGCAGAGACAGAGACAGUCCUAGUGCAGAAAAUUCAACUAUUCCUGCAAUAAAAUAUCCAACAUAUUGCGAUUAAUUCGGAUAAAACGAUUGCUCACAAUUGAGAACAUAUGAUAACUUUGAUAAUUAUGCUGCUUGUGCUUGGGAAAAUGAUAAAUGUGUGUUUUUUACAGAUUGUACAGUAUAUGAUAGUAAAACUGAGCAGGAUUGUUAAUUGAUAAAUCAUAGUUGUAUCACUGACGGAAAUCAUUGUGUUUAAAUAAGUGCUUGUGAUUAAUAUAAAAAAUAACGUUCCUGUUAAAAAAAUGAUUUAGGAUAAUAUUGUUUUUGGAAUAAUAUUAAUAAUGAAUGUGAAAUAGCUGAUACAUGUUAUAAAUUACCUACUUUAUUAAAGAAUGAUAAAGAAUGUAGAGAUAAUAUUAAAACAUGUACAUCACAGAUGUCUGGAGGAUGUAUAGAAAGUGGACUUAAUUGCAUUGAUUAAAAAUAAGAAAAUUAAUGUGUAUGGAAUUAAAAUCAAACAAUGGCUUGUUUUUGGGAUGGAUCUUUAUGUAAAGAUAGGAUUUGUAGUAAUGCACCUAUUUAAAUUACAAGUGAUGAUGGUUGUAUGUAAUUUAGAAAAGAUGGAACUUGUACAACAAAAGAGAACGGUGGUUGUGUAACUAGAACUAGUUGCUAAGCAGCAAAAAUAAGAGAAGCUUGUAUUAAAAAUGCUGAAGGAUUUUCAUGUUUUUGGGAUGGAUAAAAUUGUUUAGACAAAAUAUGUUAGAAUGCACCAAAAACAUUGAUAACAAAUUCUGAAUGUGAAGAAUUUUAAGCAGGAUGCAUAACAACUUUAUAAGGAGGAUGUGUAUAAAAUAGAUCUUGUUCAGCAGCAAAUACAUUAAUAGCUUGUUAUAAAAAUUUAAAUGGAUAUCCAUGUAUUUGGUAUACAUUUAAAGGAUAUGAAGGUUGUUAUGAAAAAACAUGUGAAAAUGCCCCAACAUCAUUAUUAACUAAUGAGGAAUGUGAAGCUUAUUUACAAGGUCAUAAUUGUAUAACAUAAACAGGAGGUGGAUGUACUACUUAAACUAUUUGCGAGGCAAUUAAGGUAGAAGCUGCAUGUAUUUAAGAUAUUUAUGGAAUAUAAUGUAAUUGGGAUAAAAUUAAUUUAAAUUGUAAAAGAAAAUCAUGUUGGUAUCCGAAAUAAAAUGAUUCAGGUAGUAGUUCAUUAAAUAGAUUACUUUCUGCAAGCCAUACAAUAACUUAGAAUUAUUGUUAAUCAUUUUCAGAUACUUGUAUUGCAAAUUCAACAAAUACAGAAUGUAUAGAGAAAAGAUGUGAAGAUUCUCUUCUUUAAACAGAUUGUUUUAUGGAUGUCUUAAGUAAUAAAGCAUGUGUAUGGAUUGAUAAAUGUUAUUAAAAGUAAUGUGUCUUUGCUUCAAAGGCAACUACUCAUCAAGAAUGUUAAGCAUAUCUAGUAAGUUGUACUUUAAGUAACUCUGGCCUUGGAUGUGUACCUUUACCUAUUAUUUGUUAAUCAAUAACAAAUGCAAAUUCAUGUGUAAAAAAAGCAAAUGGAUAACUUUGUGGAUGGGAUGGUUUUUAAUGUAUAAAUAAGAGUUGUUCAACUGCCUCUAAUUCAAUAAAAACAACAUAAGAAUGUUAAUAAUAUUUACCAUAAUGUGUUGCAAAUAAUCCAAUAAAAAUGAAUGGAAUUUCAGUAAUUAUGGGAUGUCAAGAUUUAUUUAGAAAUUGUAGAUAAAGAAUGUCUAUAGAAAACUGUGAAAUUUAAAGAAAUGGUUAUCCAAUAUGUCUAUGGAAUGCUACAUAGAAUUAAUGUAUUGAAAAAUCUUGUUAAACUGCAUCUAUAUAAGGAACAAGUAAUUCAGUAACAUAAUUUACAUUUUAAAAUUGUUUAAAUUAUCUUUCUGAUAAUUCUUGUAUUUCAAAUAAUAAUUCUGAUGGAUGUAUAUAAAAAUAAUAGAGUUGUAGAAACUUAGUUUAUUAAAAUUGUUAAUUAGGAUCAAAAAUAAUUGGAGAUUGUUAUUGGAAUGGUUUAGAAUGUGUUGAUAGAAUAUGUGAAAAUCUUAGAUUAACAACCCAUAAUGAUUGUAAUGGUUAAUAAAUAGAAUGUACUGUAAACAAUUAAAAAACUGGAUGUUAGAGAUUAGCAUUUCAAUGUUCAGAUUAUAGUGACUAUGAAAAUUGUAAAUUAACAUCAGAAAGGAAAUAUUGUAUAUGGACUGGUUCAGUUUGUAGAAGUGCAACUUGUUUUGAUGCUCCUGAUAGUUUAUUGUUUGAUACAGAUGAAGAAUGUUCAAAUUAUUAGAGUAAUGAAAAAUGUACAGUUAUUAAUAAAGUUGGUGGUUAAGGUUGCAUAAAAAAAUAAAUAAAUUGUUCAGAUUAUAAGAUAUCAGGAUAAUGUCAUAAAACCGUAUAAAAUUAAACAACAAAAGAUGAUUGUAAAUGGAUUAUAGAUAAAUGUUAUUCAAUAUAAUAAUUAAUAUCAUAACCUUGUUCAAUGUUAAAAGGAUCUAAAUAAAUGUGUUAAAAGUUUAAUGAUGGUUGUACAAAUACAGAUUAAGCUAAUUCUUUAACUCCUUGUUUUGUAGAUUGUUAAUUAAAAAUAGGGUCCAAAUUAAUUUUUGAAGAUUGUUAAAAAUUAGAUGUAUCAUGUUCUGUGAAAAUAGAUGGAACUGGAUGUAUUAAUAUAUAACCAACUUGUUAAGCAUAUGGGUCAUAAUCAAUAGGUUGUGUUAGAUCAAGCGCAAUAAGUACUUAAAGUUAUUGUGUAAUGAAUACUGCUACUCCACCAUAUUGUUAAACUAUAACAUAGGCGUCUGAAUGUACUUUUGUAAGUUCAUAACCUAGUUUAGAUCAUGAAAAAUGUUAAGCUUAUAGUUCUUUUUGUACUUAUUUAAGUAAUGGUUCUGGAUGUUAAGAAUAUAAAAAUACUUGUAAUCUAUAUUCAAGUGAUUUAUAACAUUGUACAAUUUCAAAAUAAGGUAAAUGUUACUUUGAUGGUACUGAAUGUGUUCGUUUUUUGAUGUGUUCUUCAAUAAUUGGAACUGGACUUACAAAUGAAUAAUGUUUAUCUUAUAAUUAAGGAUGUACAUCAAAUGCUAAUGGAACUGCUUGUUAAUUAAAAUAAGCCAGGUGUGAUCUUUAUUUAUCUUAAAAUUCAUGUACUUUGUCUUCGGCUUCAACAAAUAAAUGUGUUUGGACUGGAGAUGUUUGUAUAUCAAUAGUAACUUCAUUAGUUUCAACUCAUUGUCUAUAUGUAAUUGGAACAUAAUUAACAGAUACAUUAUGUAGUACUUAUAAUAUAGAUUGUACAAUUACUGCAGAUGGGACAGCUUGUUAAAGAAAAUAAGCAACAUGUGAUCUCUAUUUUACAAAAAACUCUUGUACUUUUUCUAAAGCAACAGGAAGUGCAAGUAAAUGUGUUUGGAAUGCAAAAGCAUGUCUUGCUAUUACUAGUACAAAUGUUGAAACACAUUGUGCUUAUAUAAUAGGAAAUAAUCUAACUGAUGCUAUAUGUUCUUCAUAUUAUUCAGGAUGUACAGUAAAUCGUUCAGGAUUAGCUUGUUAAUAUAUGCUUAGUGCUUGUAAUAAAUACACUAAUAUAACAGCAUGUUCUAAAUCAUCAGCAUAAAAAUGUGUAUGGAAUCCUGAUGCAUCUCCUGCAUAAUGUAUUGGAGUUACAGCUGCUACAUAAUGUAUUCUAAUUACUAGUACAAUUUUUAAUGAUACUGAAUGUUCAUCAUAUAAUGCAUUAUGUGUUGCAAAUUCUACAGCUAAAGCUUGUUAAGAAAAAAAAGCAACUUGCAAUAUUUAUACAACAUCUGAAAGUUGUUCUACAUCCACAGCCGGUAAAUGUUAUUGGAAUAGUGUAGCUAUGCCAUAAGUUUGUAUUUAAAUAUCAAAUGCUUCUGCUUUGUGUAUUUAAGUUAUAUAACCAUUUCCUUUAUCAAAAGAAAUAUGCGCAACUUUUAAUGUAGGCUGUACAGUCAAUUCUUUAAAAACUGGUUGUUAAGAGUUAGAAAAUACAUGUGAUCUAUAUUUAACUUAAACUACAUGCUCUUUUUCUAAAGCUAAAUCUCCUGCUGAUAGAUGUGUAUGGAAUACUGAAGUAUCUCCUGCUGUUUGUAUUACUAUUACUAAUGCAACUUAAUGUACAUUAAUAUUAGGUUCUGGUUUUGAUAAUACUUAAUGUUCAGCAUAUUUUGCUAGUUGCACAAAUCUUAAAGAUGGUACUGGAUGCUAAGAAAAAAAAGCUUAUUGUAAAAAUUAUUCUACAUAAAAUACUUGUGUUAUGCAAAAUGAUGGUUUAUCUUGUCUUUGGUUUGAAAAAGCUUGCUAUUAAAUAAGAACUUUAGCAUGUACUUCAAUUACUGGACUUGGUCUUGAUCAUUCUACUUGUUAAUCAUUUAACAUAUCUUGUACAUCUAUGGCUGAUGGAACUUCUUGUUAAGAAUUUAAGUCUACCUGUGAGUAAUAUCUAGGAGCUAAUUCUUGUACAAAAACUGCUAACUCUAAAUGUUACUAAGAUAAAUAAAAAUGCAUCACUAUUUCUAAUACUGCUACUGAUUGUUCUAAAAUAACAGGAACACAAGGUACUUUAACUUAUUAAUUUUGCUAAUCAUAUAAUAUUGGAUGUAGUGUAAAUCGAUUAAAAAGUGGUUGUAUCUAAUAAUAAUAAUAAUGUUCAGAUUAUGGUAAUAAUAUAUAAAAUUGUUAUUAAUCGAAAGCAGGGUUAUGUACAUCAAAUUCAACUGCAGAUAAUAAUUGUAUAGCUGUUUCAUAGAUAACAAAUUGUGAAAAUUUAUAUUUAGGUGAUGGAAAUUACAAUCAUUCUAAUUGUAAUGAAAUGAAAAAUGGAUGUACAGUAAAUGGAAUAAUAGGAUGUACAUAAAAAACAUGUGGAAAUGCAAUAGGUCCAUUUAAUCAUGAGAAUUGUAAUAAUUGGUUGAAUUCUUGUACAGUUUAUAUUGGAAAGAGUGGAUGUAUAACAAUGAAAUAGAAAUGUAUGGAUUAAUAAGCUAGUUAAUGUUUAAAUUCUUUUGAAGGAGAAUGUAUUGUUAUAGGAUAAUAAUGUCUAAAAAAAACAUGUGAUACAGCACCAUCAGAUACAACAAAUGAUGAUGAUAGUGAAUGUUCAGGAUAUUUAUAAUCCUGUACUGUAGCUAGAUUAGGAGGAUGUUAACCUAGAGACGAUUGUUCUUCAUAUAUUUCUUAAAAUUAAUGUAAAUUAAAUAGUUCUAAUGAGAAAUGCUUUUGGAAUAAAAUAAUUCAAAAUUGUGUUGAUUUGAAAUGUGAAAAUAUUGAAGCAACAAUCUCUUAUGAUUCUCAUGGAGAAUGUUAUGCUGUAGAUUAAUAAUUAGCAUGUACAGUAAAAGCAUCUGAAGGUAUAGCUAUUGCUGGUUGUAUGUCUAGAGUAUCAUGUGAUUCUUAUACAAUAGAAGAAUAAUGUGUUACAAAUUAAAAUGGAGAUGUUUGUGUUUGGAAUACUAAUUAAUCUUUAGAAAAACCAUAAUGUUAAGAUAAAUCAUGUACAACAGCACCAUUUUCUAUAUCAACUCAUUAUGAUUGUUAUUCAUAUUAUAAUACACCAACGAUUUAAUGUACAGUAGCAUUAAACUUUGAUAAAGAUGGUAUAUUAAAAUUAUCUGGUUGUUAAACAAUAACAUCAUGUUAAUCAUAUUAAAAUAUUGAAUAAUGCAAAAUCAAUGAUAAAGGUAAACCAUGUGAAUGGUAAUAAUCUUAAUGUUUAGAAAAAUCAUGUGAAACAGCACCAUAAACAAUUGAUUAUGAUAGUGAUACUAAAUGUAAAAAUUAUUUUGGAGAUAAAUGUACAGUUGCUAGUACUGGAUUUGGAUGCACAACAAUUCCUUUGAAUUGCGAAGAAAUGACAAAAGAAUAAUGUUUUUAUAAUAUUUAAGGUAAUCCUUGUUUUUGGACAGGAGAUACAUGUAUUACAAGAACAUGUGAUAAUGCACCAGAAUCUAUGUUAACUCCUGAAAAAUGUGAAUCUUAUUUAUCAGGAUGUACUAUAGAUAAUAUUAAAUGUAAAAUUAAAAUAUGUGAACAUUAUCAUUUAACAACAGAUAAUGAAUGUACUUAAGUAAUGUCUACUUGUACAACUAAUGGAAAGUUUUGUGUUUAAAGAGGAACUUGUUUAGAAAGUUAAAGUGAAGCAGGAUGUAUUAUAUCAUCAAAAGGUGAAUAAUGUUAAUGGAUAAAUGCAGAAGAAAAUCGUUAAGGAUAUUGUACUAUUAAAUCAUGUUUAACAGCACCUAAUAAUUUAAAAACUGAAGAAUAAUGUUCUAAUUAUUUUAAUAAUUGUACUACUAAAUAUGGUGGAGGAUGUAUUACAAAAUCUACAUGUUUAGCUGCUUUAAUUGAUUCAGCUUGCAAAAGAGAUAUAAAUAAUAAAAUAUGUGUUUGGGAUUCAACUGAAAAUAGAUGUAGAUAUUAAGAAUGUAUUGAUAUUAAUGGAACAAGUCAUAUAUAAUGUAAAAUUGAAAAGUCUGGAUGUACUGUUGGAUUAAAUGGUAAAUGUGCAAAAAUUUAAACAUGUGAAUUAACAACUAUAAGAGAUGCUUGUAUUGAAGGAAUCAAUGGACCAUGUUUAUGGAUUGAAGAUAAAAAUAAUUAAGCUAAAGGAACUUGUAUAAAAUAUACAUCUUGUAAAAGUGUAACUUGGAAUACUGAUAAAUAAUGUAAAUUGAUUAGUAAUAAAUGUACUACAAAUGGAUUAAAUUGUAUAGGAAUUACUUUAUGUUCAGAAACUAAUACAAAUGGAGGAUGUGUUACAGGUUAUGAUGGGGUUUGUGCAUAAUCAACAUUAAAUUAAAAUAAUGUAUACUCUAAAAUUUGUAGUCUAGAAUCUUCAUUCUCUUGUUAAACUGUAUCUUAUAUUACUCAUAUAGAAUGUUAAAAUUAUAGUAUCAAAUGUACAACAAACGGAACUGAAUGUAUAUCUUUAAUGUCUUGUGCAUAAUAUAAUAAUUAAUCUGGAUGUUAUUUAAAUAAAGCUGGUUAAAUUUUAGAUAAUUCUAAUAAUAUUAUAUCUACUGGUAUUUGUACUUGGGAAUCUUCAAUCUCAGCAUGCAGAGAUCAAAAUUGUUUUGAUUUGAUUGGAAAUAAUCAUUAAAGUUGUUAUGAUUAAUUAUUUAAUUGUACAUCAAAUGGAUCUACUUGUAUAACUAUUUAAAAAUGUGCUUAUCAUUAAACUUAAACUGCUUGUAUAGUUGCUAAAAGUUUAGAUGGUCCAUGUUUCUGGGAAUAAGAUUCAAAUUUAUGUAGACCACUUAUUUGCUCAGAUAUUAAAAAUGUAUCUAUAACUACUAAUUGUUAACUUAUCUUACCAUCUUGUGUUUCUGAUGGAACUAAUUGUGUUCCUAAAUCUAAUUGUUCUCUAUACAAAACUAAAACAUCUUGUUAUUCUUAUGGAUUAGAUGGUCCCUGUUUAUUUUAUAAUAAUUAAUAUUGUAAAUUAAUAACUGAUUGCGCUGUUGCUUAAUAUUAAUAAGCUUGUGAAUAAGUCUAAAAAUAAUGUUAUUGGGUGCCUAAAUCUGAUAAUAUAUAUUAAUCAAAUGUUUGUUAAGCACAUACUUGUGCAACUUAUUAUACUACAUUUAGAGUCUGUAAUUUUUUCUUAAGAUUUAAUUAAUAAACUAAAGUAAUAUGUUAACUCAAAAAUAAUUCAUGUAUUGAAGCAGAUCAAUACACAUUUAUACAAACAGAUUGCUAUGUAGCAACAGGCUACAGUUUUACUUGGAAUUCUAUGACUAGUAAAUGUGAAUCUUGUUUUUUUUAUCCAAACAAUUAAAGUAACUCUAAUUUAAAUAAUGUUGUGAAUUAUUAAAAUACCAAAGCCUACCUUUUGGUUAUGAUGCUUGCAUUUUAAAAUCUAUUAUUUGCAUGA